GAACUUCAAAAACGUUCUGGAUGAGUGUGGAAAGAGAAUUUGUGUUCACAACAAGAAACAAAAUAUGAGAGAUGCUGAGCUGUUUAAACAGGUAAUGGAAGAAUGGAAAAGAAUGCAACGGAAGCAAGCACAUGAAUCGAGCAAUGUCACUCAUCAAGCAUCCGGUGAAGAGAAUAUAUAUGAGGAAGUUGAUACCUUUGAUACAAUGGAGGAAAUAACUGAAGUUCCAAAGGCGUCAGAGAAAAACAAAGGGGAGAACGUCCAGUCAUCUGGAGGUGACUACAUGAUCACAGUGGUGCUGCUGGGAAAGAACAGCAAGGAAAAGUGUCUGAUAGGGAACACCAUUCUUGGGAGCGAUCGUUUUCAAACAGAAAAUGUAAUUUGUGAGAAGGCUGAGGGAAACGUAGCUGGUCAGAAGGUCUGUAUUAUUAACACUCCAGACUUAUUCCAUAGACCAAGCUCAGACCAAGAAACUGACAUUGUUGAGGAGAUCCAGCCAUCGUAUCCAGGUCAACGUGUGUUCCUUCUGGUACUGCAGGAUAGCAAGCUCUCAACAGAAGAAAUGGAGAUGUUAACCCAACUGAAGAUGAAGUUUAAACCAAAAAUGUUGGAAAGCACAAUUAUUGUGCUGGUUGACAGUGAAAAAAAUCAGUCUUCAUGUAAAAUGGACCAUCAGGAAAGAAACAACUACAAAACUGUUCUGUUUGUGUGCGAAAACAGAGUUUAUAAUUAUAACAAAGACAUGAAAAAUACAGAGCUGAUCAAACAACUGAUGGGACAUAUGGAAAGCAUGCAGAAGAAUCGUGCAUUUGAACCUGGCAAAGAAAGGUCAUAUGAAAAUAUUCCACCCAGAGAUUUUAUGGAUCUAACGUCAACACAAAUCAGACCAGUAAAUGAGGUGCAUCCGCCGGUAGCCAUGGCUGUCAGGGACUUCAUGAGCAUUGUGCUGCUGGGACAGACAGGAAGUGGGAAGAGUGCCACAGGAAACACCAUCCUUAAAAAGCAACAUUUUGAAUCUUAUGCCAGUUCUGUGCCAGUAACGGAGGUGUGUCAGAUGGCAGAGGAGACAGUUUGUGGAAUCAAGAUAAGAGUCAUAGACACCCCAGAUUUCUUUAACGAAGACCUUAAAAACCAGAAUGAACAGAUUAAGAUGUGUAAAAAGCUCAUUCUGACAGGGCCUGUUGUGUAUUUGCUGGUCAUGCAGCUCGGCCGAUUCACAGAUGGAGAGAGAGAUAUUCUCCCACACUUGAAAAGAGAGUUUGGUGAGGAUGUACUUGUGAACACUUUGAUUCUUUUCACUUGUAAAGAGAAGCUGAAGGACAUGACUUUAGAUGAUUACAUCAGUAAAACAAACCCAGAGCUUCAAGACCUGAUAAAAGUCUGUAAAUCAAAAUGUCAUGCAUUUAACAACAACGACAAAAGCCAUCAUCAGGUGAAAAAACUUAUGUCCCUAAUUUUGGACAUGCAGAAGGACAUUUCUAUAACAAAAGCUUUCCAUCAUAACAAGAUAAACAACAGAAAAAACUGCAAAAUCUUGUAGACCAUGACAAAGUAUGUUAGAAAAAAAUCUAUUUUAAUUAUAAAAUGUAAUUGUUCCAGAUAGGCUACAAUGGGGCUAAAGGCACACCUUAAGGAAAAAAAAUUUUUUUCUGGUCACAAAAUCGUAUCAAGAUUGAAAAAUAAAAUAUAUUUGUAUUGAAUAGUGAUGGAGCAACAUAAAUAGUUUAGAAAACUAAAUAAUGAAAGGUUGUUAUGAUUCAAAUUAAUUCUUAAAAAGAAUUUGGGGGUAAAAGGAUCCA